UGCCUGGUGUGGAAGAUGGGGUCAGUAAGGAUUCUUCCAUGCUGGAUUUUGAGAACCUGGAGCAGACCAGGGCCUUGGCUGCAUCACUUGAGACAUGUUUGAGGUUCUCAAAGUGCAUAUCCUCCACAAUGCCGACUCUGGUCCAACUGCUGUCUUCAUCUUCUGCCACUGAUGUUGAGAACACGAUUCUUUUGCUGAUGAGGUGCAGACAGUUCCAAAUUGAUGACUCUGAGGCCUCUCUCCGGAAAAUGUUGCCACUUGCAUUUUCACAGGACAAGCCUAUCCGUGCAGCUGUUGAGGAUGCAUUCAUCACAAUUUAUUUGACGAGAAACCCUACAGAAACUGCUGCAAAUCUAUCGAGCAUUGCUAUAGAAUCUAGCAUCGGCGAUCUAGCAGCUCUAGAAUUUAUAGUUGGUUCCUUGGUAUCUAAGGGGAAUAUUUCUACAAGCACGAAAAGUAAGCCUUCAUCGAAAAUAAGCGAUCAUGAUAUAAAUUGCAAGGAAACUUUUGCUUAACGGGGAUGUGGGC